AUGCAAUCAGAUUUAAACUCACACAAUUCAAAGUACAACAACAUCAGUAAUAUAGUUGGUGAACUUGCUCAUUCGUUUCAACAAAUCACCAGCAGAUCAUCAGUCGGAAUAACCAUUUAUAAACAAGUUACCGGUGAAUUAAAUUAUAACUAUCGUAGUGAAGUACUUCUUACUGUACAGUCAGCCAGAGAAAAUGAUGGUGGUAUUUAUGAAUGUAGAGUAUAUGAAGCAGCAAAUUAUGGGCAAGAAAAAAUCAUAGACAGGGCAUUUUUAGAUAUUAUCAUACGUAAAAAAUAUCCUUACAAUUCAUUUGAACAAAUCGAAUUAAAUACGAAGCUUAGAAAACUUUUAUCAAUAUUUUGGAAAUUAAAUCCUUCUCAGAAAAAUCAUGAUAAUUUACACGAUCAACAUGCACAAAAUGAUGUGGCAUCCAGAGUUCGAGCAAAAUACGGAACACAGAAUAUAAGUCAAGAGAAAGAUCAUGAACUUAAAUCAAUGGAUAUUAUCAAUAAACAUUUCUCCAAAGAAAAUGAAGUGAAAUUCAACUUAUUGGCAACACAAAAUCCUCGUAUGAGAGCUCGGACUGUGAAAAAUUCCAACUCAUACUUAUGUGUUUCACAGAUAUUUUUGUAUUUUUCAAUAAUUUUGCAAAUAAUUUUGGCGGUUAAAUAAAUUAUUUUUAAAAAUUAGUUAUAUCAAAUUAAAUAAAAUAAACUACAAAAAAAUAAAUAUAAACACCCUUUUCAAAGUUUUUAUCCAAUGAAUCAUGCUUUUAUAAACAAAGCAAUUAAGAUAAUAAAACACAUAAAAGAACAGCACCUUCUAAUAUGUAUUUGUAUUCAAAAUAUUAUGUACAUAAAUAAGAACAAAACUCUAAAAAUAAAAUAUACCUUUCAUUAUAUUGUCUCACCAGUUUCGUUUCAUGUCACCGUUAUUUGUUUGCUUGAUUUCAACUUCCUUACAUAAUCAUAAAAAUAAACAAUUAAAAUCAUAAUGAAUUUCUUUCCAAGGAAUUAUUCAAUUGUCCACAUACAGAUUUAUUUAAGAUAUAAUUAAUAAAAGAAAUUAUUUUCUUUACCAGAUCAUUAAGUGAAAUACUAACUUGUCACAAUUUUAUGCUCUAGUUUGUUUGUUUUUUUUUGUGGCUAAACAAGUGAACAUAUUUGUCUAU